AUGGGGAGUACGGCGGCGGCGGAGAAGACCGAACAAGAGCUACGCCGCGAGAUCGACGAGCUUCUUCGCCAACAGCGCGAGAUAACCGAGAGGCUUCGAGAUCCUCGUGGCCUUCGCAAGGGUUCCUUACCAGCUCCUGUUCUAUGCAACAAUGCUAUUCGUCAACGUUCCUUUCUUCGUCCUGGCGUAGAUAAUAAUGAUUCUGAAGAUCAACCUCCUGCUAAACGUAGACUUUCAUCUGCUAUUGUUAAGCUUGAGGAAGGGGAGUUGGUUGAAGAUGUUGAUGCUGUGAACACAAAGGAUUCAACCUACAAAAGUGAAAAUGGGAAUGCUACCGCUGGUCAGAAUGAUGUGAACCGUUUUAAUUCUCACCAAAGUGGAUUGUCUAGAAGAGAUGGCUAUCAGAGAAAUUCAAAGGCUUUUGAGAUUCCUACUUCAGAACAUGUUCCGAGGGUGUUGCCUAAGAAUGAAGACCCAAGCUUGGUUAAUAGGAACAAAAGAAUGCUGGGUCAACUUUUGGGAACUCUGGAGAAAUUCAGAAAAGAAGACAAGCAGCUCUCAGGAACUGAGGCAUAUAUGCGAAGAUCUAAUUCGUUGCAAAGAGCUGAGCAAAGAGCACGGGAAGAAAGUGAAAGGCUUAGGAAAGAAGAGCGUGAACAGAUUGCUGAAAAACGGAGGCGGGACUUGACACUUAGGGCACGUGUGGCUGCUAAGACAGAAGAAAAGAAAUUGGAGUUACUCUUUCUUCGGUGGAGUGAGCAUCAUAAAAGACUAAGCAAUUUUAUAAGGACUAAAGCAGAGCCUCCAAUCUACUAUAUGCCUAACAUGCCGUUGGAUGAAGAUGCUGCAUCAGCUGAGAAACGCAUAGAUGAGGAUUUCCUUGAAUGGAAGAAUGCAAAAAGAGAGUAA